CUCUGUUUUUAUCAAAUAUGUAAAUAUUAUUAUCAUGGCCACAGAUAAAUUUCCCCCAAGGCCAUCCAGUUAAUUGUCAUUAAAUUUAAGAAGAAUUGACGCGAACUCAAUACCUGUCCCAUUUAAAUAUGCAUAAUAAUGUAGCGUAAAAUAUAUAGGUAUUAUGCUCAACAGGGUCACCUGCUAGAAUUCCACGAAUUGGGUUCAACUUUCUUGUUACAGCACAGGAAGUAACGCUUUUAGACUUCUUCCCGGGAAAAAUAGAAGUUGCUGCAAUCAGAAACAUGUGCAAAGGAAUAACUCUCAAAAGCAAAUAAUCCUGGAAAUGUUACCUUUUUACUGCAAAUUUUAAAAAUACUGUUGCAAUUUUAAAAUGUCUGAACCGAAAAGGAAAGUAGACAUGAACUUUUCUUUAUCUGCAUCUUCCGUUGCGACGCACGUGUUGUUGGUCGUUGCAUUUCUGUACUUCCUUUGGUCUGCCUACGAAAUUUCAACUUUGAAGAGUGAAGUAAAGGAGCUCUCCAAAAUCGUGGCAUCUAUAUCUUUUCCUGCAUACAAAGACAAUGAAAAAGACUCCAUAGAAUCAGUUGUAGCUGUGAAACAAUUUGUUAGUGUUUCAGAAGAAGUGAAAAGACUAAGAAGAAGUGCCGACAAAAAGAAAACCCAAAAGAAGAAACCUAGAAGAAACAAAAGAAGAAAUCGCAGAAGAUGCAAAUGUCCACCAGGUGCCCCUGGUCCCCGAGGAGAAAAAGGAUUUCCUGGCAUUCAAGGUCCUCCUGGAAAUUUAAAAGGUGCCCAUUUUAUUACCAGUCCACCGAGUUUAAGAGAUUGUGUAGUUACUAUAGAAGACUUCUAUUGCCCUUCAAACAAAACAUUUUGGAGUCGAGAGAAAUAUAAAGCUAUUCCAUAUUUUCAAGAAGCUGACUGGAUGAAAAAUGAAUAUCAAAACACCAUACUGGUGCUUAAUACGGACAGACACGAAUCAUUUGAAGUACUUCAGUCAGGACUUUAUCUUUUGUAUGCCCAGAUAGAGAAAUUUACGAAGGAUACUAGAGAAUUCUUCGGAAUUUUUGUUUCGAACAGAAGAAUCUUUCACUGUGCAGACAGUAUUGAUAAAUAUGAACGAAACGAAAUAUCGGAUUUUUUCAAUGCGAAGGAGAAGACGUGCAAUAUGAUGGGACUACAUUAUUUAAAGAAAGGGGACACAGUUCAAAUAAAAGUGAUUACAAGCGACACGGCUGUUACAAUAAGCCCAGACAAAACUUUCUUUGGGGCAGUUCUUCUUUCUUAGAUUCGUUAUUCUGUGCUCAAUGUAAGUGUGAUAAUAUAAGUAUGUGAGAAAUACCAUGAAUAUAAUACCCAUAUUUUAUGUUUAUUGGUGUUCAAAAUGUAAGUAUUUGAAUCCUUAAAUGAGAACUCAUCUGAUCAGACAGACUAGGUGGAAUGUCGUAUAAUCGACUGUCACCGAAAUCCCGAUUUAUAGUUUAUCAGUUGAGUGCAUUUUAACUCUGUGGUAACAUUCAAACCAGUAAAACAUUACAGGAAAAUAAUUUUUGCAUCUGUGAAUACUUUUAAUCAAAAAAUUAUGAAGAUAUUUUAAUUGCAUUUGCACUGGCAAAAUAUAGAAAUAUAAGACAUUUCUUAAAUAUUGAUCUCAUAAAACGUGUGCCUUUAUGUGAAACUUUAAUCAGUAAACUUAGCUUCAUGUGAUAAAGUGAAAAUACAGAGAUAUACGGGUUAUUGUUCAUGUCUUGAAUGUUUAAACCUCAUGUUUUCACCAUAUGUAUAAUAUUUAA